CUUCAUUCUUUCAUUUUUAUCACAGAAAAAUAAUCAGAAAAAUUAGAUUUAAUUAAAUUAAGACAUGGCUGAGCUAUUAAUUGAUCCUAAAAUACGUGGAUGGGUGUUUUUACCAAUCGUGGUUAUCACUUUCUUGGUUGGAAUCAUCAGACAUUAUGUAUCAAUCUUGAUUUCUUCAUCGAAAAAAGUUGAAAUGACACAAUUACAAGAUAGUCAAGCGAUGAUUCGAGCACGUCUAUUGAGAGAAAAUGGCAAAUAUUUAACUCCACAGGCAUUUGCAAUGAGAAAACACUUUUUUAAUAAUGAGGAAUCUGGAUAUUUUAAAACUCAAAAACGUCCACCAGCAACUCCAAAUUCAUCAGCUAUGUUGACAGAUCUAGUCAAGGGAAAUUUCAUAAAUGUAUUACCUAUGGUCGUUAUUGGAGGAUGGAUUAACUGGAUGUUCUCUGGAUUCGUCACAACAAAAGUUCCAUUUCCACUUACUUUCCGCUUUAAGCCUAUGCUUCAACGUGGAGUUGAGCUUCAAUCUUUAGAUGCAUCAUGGGUAUCAUCAGCUUCAUGGUAUUUCCUUAAUGUUUUCGGUUUAAGAAACAUUUAUACACUAGUUUUAGGAGAAAAUAAUGCUGCUGACCAAACACAAUCGAUGCAAGAUCAGAUGUCUCUCAAUGCAGCUGGACAAAUGCCACAAGAUCCAAAACAAGCAUUUAAGAAUGAAUGGGAAGCUCUAGAAAUAGUCGAGUACAAAAGUGCAUUACAGAACGUUUGUGAAGAUCUCUUAGCAUCAAAUAGCCACGAACCAAUUGAAAAUAACAUUCAUCAUUAAUUUAAUUGAAUUAAAUUAUGUAAAACAAUUUCUUUAUUUGGGUAUGAUAAAUUCGAGGAAUAACGAAUAAAAUUAAUUUAAAAACCAA